AUGGCCAAGAGUUUCUCAUCACUCAUCAAUCUGGUGCUUCUGGUCUCUGCAGCUACGUUGCUUUUGGUCCACGCAAGUGCUCGCAAUCUGCAGCAGACUCAGACUAUGCCUCUUCAAGGAGCUGCUUCUCCUACCAAAGCUGAGUCUCCCGCCGUCAAUGUCCCUCUCGACGACAGUAAGAACUUCAUUGUCGGCGGUGCUGCCGGAAUAGGCGGAUUCAUGGGGAUGCCAGGUGGUGGCACCGGUAUGACAUUGCCGAUUCCAUCCGGGACACCGCUUCUUGGUGGGUCUGGUGCGUUUGGUGGUUUGGGCGGUGCAAUGGGUUUUCCUGGUGCUGGAGGUAAUGGUGGCGGUUCUAUUCCGAGCUCAGGAGGUGGUUUUGUGUCUCCAUGA